GGUGGAGAGCCAGGGCUAGAGGAGGCGCGGGCCGGAGGAAACGGCGGGCGGCGGGCUUUCCGCAUUCACAGUGUCCGCAGGGCCUCAGCGAUCGCCGGCGAAGGGGGUAGGGGGCCCCUUCCCGGUCCCUGCACCAUGAGCUGGGGCACCGAGCUUUGGGAUCAGUUUGACAACUUAGAAAAACACACCCAGUGGGGAAUCGAUAUUCUUGAAAAGUACAUCAAGUUUGUGAAGGAGAGAACUGAGAUUGAGCUCAGCUAUGCCAAGCAGCUCAGGAAUCUUUCAAAGAAAUACCAACCCAAGAAGAACUCGAAGGAAGAAGAAGAAUACAAGUACACAGCAUGUAAAGCGUUUCUUUCCACCCUGAAUGAGAUGAACGACUAUGCCGGCCAGCAUGAGGUCAUCUCUGAGAACAUGACGUCACAGAUCACGGUGGACCUGAUGCGCUAUGUGCAGGAGCUGAAGCAGGAGAGGAAAUCGAACUUCCACGAUGGACGGAAGGCCCAGCAGCACAUUGAGACGUGCUGGAAGCAGCUGGAGUCGAGUAAGAGGCGUUUCGAACGGGACUGCAAGGAGGCUGACCGCGCACAGCAGUACUUCGAGAAGAUGGACGCUGACAUCAACGUGACCAAGGCCGACGUGGAAAAGGCACGGCAGCAGGCUCAGUUACGCCACCAACUGGCAGAGGACAGCAAAGCUGAUUACUCCUCAAUCCUGCAGAGAUUCAACCAGGAACAGUGGGAAUACUACCAUACCCACAUCCCCACCAUCUUCCAGAAAAUACAAGAGAUGGAGGAAAGGCGGAUCGUGCGCAUUGGAGAGUCCAUGAAGACCUACGCGGAGGUGGACCGGCAGGUGAUACCCAUCAUCGGGAAAUGCUUGGAUGGUAUAGUGAAGGCGGCCGAGUCUAUCGACCAGAAAAAUGACUCCCAACUGGUCGUGGAAGCCUACAAGUCAGGGUUCGAGCCUCCUGGAGACAUUGAGUUCGAAGACUACACGCAGCCGAUGAAACGCACCGUAUCAGAGAACAGCCUUUCGAGCUCCAAAGAAGGCAAGGCAGAGCUCAAGUUUGGCGGCAAAUCCAGAGGCAAGCUGUGGCCGUUCAUCAAGAAAAACAAGCUUAUGUCCCUUUUAACAUCCCCCCAUCAGCCUCCCCCUCCUCCCCCUGCCUCUGCCUCACCCUCUGCUGUUCCCAACGGCCCCCAGUCUCCCAAGCAGCAAAAGGAACCCCUCUCCCACCGCUUCAACGAGUUCAUGACCUCCAAACCCAAAAUCCACUGCUUCCGGAGCCUAAAGCGUGGGACUCAGUCUUUGUGUUAUCACAAAGAGCUCAUGAAGAGGACUCUAGGGAAACCCACGCAUGCCUUCGAGGCUAGGGACUAUGUUCUUUCUCUCAAGCUGGGUGCCACACCAGAAGACUUCAGCAACCUCCCGCCUGAGCAGAGAAGAAAAAAGCUGCAGCAGAAAGUUGAUGAUCUCAAUAAAGAGAUCCAAAAGGAGAUGGAUCAGAGGGACGCCAUCACCAAAAUGAAAGAUGUGUACCUAAAGAACCCUCAGAUGGGAGACCCGGCCAGCUUGGACCACAAACUCGCUGAGGCCACCCAGAACAUAGAGAAACUGCGCCUGGAGACACAGAAGUUUGAGGCCUGGCUGGCUGAGGUGGAGGGCAGACUCCCAGCACGGAGUGAGCAGGCGCGCCGGCAGAGUGGAAUGUAUGACGGUCAGACACACCCGACAGUCACUAACUGCGCCCAGGACCGGGAAAGCAGCCCAGAUGGGAGUUACACGGAGGAGCAGAGUCAGGAGAGCGAGCUCAAGGUGCUGGCCACGGACUUCGAUGAUGAAUUUGAUGAUGAGGAGCCACUUCCUGCCAUAGGGACCUGCAAGGCCCUCUACACAUUUGAAGGUCAGAAUGAAGGCACCAUUUCCGUGGUGGAGGGGGAGACGCUGAGCGUCAUCGAGGAGGACAAGGGUGACGGGUGGACUCGCAUCCGCAGAAGCGAAGACGAGGAGGGCUACGUCCCUACCUCCUACGUCGAAGUCUAUUUAGACAAAAACGCCAAAGGUGCUAAGACUUAUAUUUAAUCCACUUAAGACAAAACAAAAGCCUUUAAAAGCAUUGGAGUUGUCUCUCCCCACCACUUUGGCUGUUACAGGCCUUCAAGAGGCCGGCAGAGAGCAAGUGAUGCAGACACUCGGGGAACUGGGGGCAUCUCAUGCCUGAGUUUGUCCAACUUGGCCACGUGCAAAGCUGCCACUGGCCUGCUUACAACUGUGUCCUUUGAAAUCUGAUCAGUGUUUCCAUCCUUUCAACAAAAUAUGUAGAUUUUUUAAUUGUAUAGUGGUGGUUCGUGCCUAUAAUCCCAGUGCUCAGGGGGCCGAGUCAGGAGCAUCCCAUCAUGCCUAUAAUCCCAGUGCUCAGGAGGCUGAGUCAGGAGCAUCCCACUGAGUGUCAGGUUAGCUUGGGCUACAGAGUAAGACUCAGUAUAUAAAUAAAUAAAUAAUAAAUAAAUAAAUAAAUAAAUAAAUGUAUGUUACAUUUGUUACUUCAUCAGUGGAACUGAGUAACACCUAAAGUCUUUGACUAAAGACUGUAACAUUCUCUUGGUGCCCACGCUGAGUGCCCUUACAGUUGCUGCUCAGGUCUCCUGUGUUAGCCUUUAAUUGUCUGAGUGUCCCAAACAACCAAGAGAUGUCCAGAAAUGUACGCUCCUUUAGUGAUUUAACUUUGACUGACAUUAUCGUCUUCUGGUUUCACCCGAUGGGCCUGGGCCAAUGGUAGGGUGUCUUCAAGCUGUUGAGGCAGGCUUCUGCAGCAGCUAAGUGCCCAACACCCCUGUGGGCGUGAUUUUCUAUUCCUGUCAGAGGGUUUGCUGUGAGCAGAACCUGGUGUACCAGCCACUGUACAAAAUGGCACCUGCAUGUCCCUUUUUAAGGGGAAGACUUUCAUUUUCUUUUUGAUCUAUAAGAGCCAAUGUUUGAAAUACUAGACACUGAUUUUGGGGUUCUGGCACAUUUGAUCCAGCUAACUACAGCCAGAAUAAAAUAAAUGGUCUCGUGUUUGAAGGGAAUCUGGGCCAUGUGGGAAUUUGCACUUUAAAGUCAGUGCUGAUAUUGGAGGGGAGGGAGUGGCAUGGGUCAUAUGCAGAGGUAAUCCAGGACUGAAUUAUGCCAAUCAUGACCUCAAAGUCACCAAGGAGCCACAUCUGUCCUUUUGUUGUUGUUGCUGCUUGAGACAGUGAAGCAUGAUUCUAAUUAGUCUUAUCAAUAAAAACCAAGAGCCAAAUAUUGGGGUAAUAAUCUGAAAGAUCAGAGAAGCAGAGCGGCAGCCACUAGAGACUUCUUACCGCUACGAAUCCUCAGACCGAAAAGGGGGCCAAGAUCCUGUCUCCACCUCCCCAUUGUGCUGGGAUCAAAGGUGUGAGCCUCCCAAGUGCUGGGAUCAAAGGUGUGAGCCUCCCAAGUGCUGAAAUCAAAGGUGUGAGCCUCCCAAGUGCUGGGAUCAAAGGUGUGAGCCUCCCAAGUGCUGAGAUCAAAGGUGUGAGCCACCACCACCUGGCCUCUAUGGUUAACUAGUGGCUAGUUCAGACCUUUGAUCUUCAGGCGAGAUUUGUCAGAACACAAACAAAAUAUCAUACAAGACAGGGUUUCUCUGUGUAGUCCUGGCUGUUCUGGAACUUGCUCUGUAGACCAGGCUGGCCUCGAACUCACAGAGAUCUGCCUGGCUCUGCCUCUGGAGUGGUGCCACCACCGCCUGGCUCACAUCUGGUUCUUUCUGUUUGACUUUGGGAAUUAUUUACAUCUUAUUUUUUUUUUUCCGAGACAGGGUUUCUCUGUGUAGUUUUGCGCCUUUCCUGGAACUCGCUUUGGAGACCAGGCUGGCCUCGAACUCACAGAGAUCCGCCUGCCUCUGCCUCCCAAGUGCUGGGAUUAAAGGCGUGCGCCACCACCGCCCGGCUUACAUCUUAUUUUUAAGCAAGAAAAUAGCUCUCUGCCUCUAUAUUAGGGGCUCAUUUUUAUAAGCUGUUUUGUUUGUUUUUAAUGUGGUUGGGGAUGGAAUUGGGCCGCAUGCAUGCUGGCAGGCUCAUUCCCACGGAGCUGUAGCCCAGCCCCUUCACUGACUCUAAAAGUGACAGCUAUACAUCAAUCUGGGCUCAGGAACCUGAAACGGUUUCGAGAUUCUGGCAAUGAUUUCACCUGAAUUUCACAAGGGCCUGUGAGGUGUCAUUGAGCAAGCUUUCCUUACCGACAGCCUGGCUCUUAAAAGACUUUUUUUUUUUUUUUUUUUUGAGGCAGUGUCUUUUUUUUUUUUUAAAGGAUUUAUUUAUUUAUUAUGUAUACAAUGUUCUGCCUGCAUGUAUGCCUACAGUCCAGAAGAGGGCACCAGAUCUCAUUAUAGAUGGCUGUGAGCCACCAUGUGGUUGCUGGGAAUUGAACACAGAACCUUUGGAAGAACAGCCAGUGCUCUUAACCUCUGAGCCAUCUCUCCAGCCCGAGGCAGUGUCUUGAUAUGUAACCCAGGCUAGCCUUGAACUCGGUUCCCCUGGCUCUUGGCAGUUACAAAGUUGAUAUAAAGAUGGCCCCAUGCCCUCCCCAAGGCUUCAGCAGCCAUACUUCACAGUCUAGUACGGUCUCCAAAAUAGGAAGCUGACCCAGGCCACCUGGCUGUUUUUAAUGCACAUUCAUUUUGUAAUUCGUAUUUUGUUUGAGUAACUUUUGCUGUCGUGGUGUAUUUAAAGUCAACCAUUCCGGGGCCCCUUCAGGUAAACAGCCUUCUGGGUGAAAUGGACAGGUUUCCCUCAGGUUUGUGCAAGUUGGGGUGGGGAAAUGUCAGUUUGGACAUGCAUUUGUGGUCACAGUCUUAAGUGUGUGUUACUAAAUUGAACUUAGCAUCCUAACAGAUGAAUGGGUCCAACACUAACUACACUGAAUGAUACUUCGUAGUUCCCAUCUCCUCCGUGGUGAAUAAUAGAACUUCCUUCCAAUAGUUGGCUGUUAAAAAAGGGAGAUUGGAGAUAUGGUUAGGGGAAGCUGGCUCAGCAAAUACAGGCAUUUGCCCCCCAAGCAUGAUGAAUAUGAGCGCAAUCCCCAGGACUCACGCGGUUGAAGGAAGGACCAAUUCUCUAAAGGUGACCUCUAACUCUCCUACGCCAUGGCACAUGUGUACACCCACACAAAACACACACAACUCAGUGUAAAAAACUAGAGAGCAACGCACAUCUGGAACCCCAGCCAGCACUUGGGAGCCAGAGGCAGACAGAUCUCUGUGAGUCCAGGCCAGCCAGGGCCACAGAGUGAGAUCUUGUCUCAAAACAACAGCAAAUAAAUAAGUAAAGAGAGGGAGAGCUGAGCUGUCUGUAGCUUUUUCCUGUUGUCAGGAAAGUAUAUCUGAGAUUAAUGGUCACCUGGGAGCUAUCCUCAGACUGGGGGUGGGGUGCCAUCCCACCUAGCCUCUCCCAAACCCUGCCCUCCUGCCUCCAACCCCUAUCGGCCCAGCUGCUGCUGCCCAACUCCCAGGAACUCCAAGUACCUCUUGGAUAUUUGGGGGGGAGGGGCGGGCGCAUUCCAGACAGGGUCUCUCUGUGUCAUACUGGCUGUCCUGAAGCUGGCUCGGUACACCAGGAUAGCUUCAAACUCAGAGAUUCACUUGCUUCCGCCUCCGGGAUUAAGGGUGUGCGCCACUACCGCCAGGCUGCACCUUUUGGAUUUUUAUAUCAUAACGCCAGAGCACUUUCUGUGUGUGUGGUAUCUAUGACGUACUUAAUCAUUGCCAAAAUACUAGACUACUCUGAGCCUCGUGGGGAAUGUUGCUUUUUACAUCACUUUCUGUUGAACAUGCCCGUAAUCCUGCCCCGCAGGGUAUAUUUGUAUAUAUUGCAAUUUGAAAACUAAGCGGAUUCUUUGAACAGUGUUGCUUUAGUGUUUUACCUGUCUGUUUUAUUUGUUAUUCCUCUGCCUAACCACUUUUUGUUUUUAUAACUACUGGGGAGGCCCCUGGACUCUUGCACGGUAGCUAGGUCCCCCGGCUGGCUGCUGCACGCUUGAGUUUAUUAUAAACCCCUGGGCUCUGAGUAAGUGUUUGAAUAUAGUUGAAUAUAGCUGUCAUGAUUGUUUCUCUCUAUUCUUCUCUAAGAGCAAAGACUCUGCCUGUCAUCCUCCAGUGUGCCCUCGAACCUGCCUCUCUAAUAAAUGUUACUCUUUUUCUCA